AUGGCCCCCGCCGUCUCCAACUCGAACGGCGUCAUGUCGCCCCCUCAGUCUGUUCGCUCUGCUCCCCAGCAGCCCCCCCGCGUCAUCCUGGGAGGCAACUCGGCUCGUAUCCUCUGCGUCGCCGACAUUCGCGGUGACUACCAUGAGCUCAAUCGUCUGAUCCAAGAGCACGAGGCCACUGCAGUCAUCCACACUGGCGACUUUGGCUUUCUCAAUGCCGAAUCACUGGAGCGCAUGGGCGACAACAACCUCUCUGUCCACUUUCCCCUCUCCCAGUUUCCCCUUCUCCUCUCGGGUUCCAUCACUUUCCCCGUCCCAGUCUUUACUGUCUGGGGACUGAUCGAGGACGUCCGCAUCGUGGAGAAGUUCAGGACGGGCGAGUACGAGGUCAACAACCUGACUGUUAUUGAUGAGGCGUCCUCGGCUCUCAUUGAAACCGCUGGACUCAAGCUGCGUCUGUUUGGACUUGGCGGUGCUGUCGCCAUGCACAAGAUGUUUGACAAUGGCGAAGGCCUCGCGACCAUCGCCGGUGGCCAAGGCACCAUGUGGACCACUGCGCUGCAGAUGGGCGAGCUGGUUGAGACUGCUCAGAGGGUGUACGACCCAACUGAGACCCGCGUGUUGAUCACUUCAGCGCCCAUCAGCCGUUUCGGCCUGCUGUCGCUGUUGGCGUUGGCGGUCAAGGCGGACCUGACCAUUUCAUGUGGCCUGCACUUCCGCUACCCGGCCUCGCUGAACGACUUUGCCGUCCACGGCGACUUUGAGUCGUACCGCACCAAGCUGGUCGCUGCCCGCGACAGCUUUAUCGGUGUCUACGACGUUGUCAAGGACCGGGUGGAGAGUAGUUUGAACGAGCACCAGCACGUUCUUCUCAAAAAGGUCCUUGCCAUGGUUCAGAAGAGCCCUACCGCCGACGACAACACCUGGACCAACACUUGGCACUGGGUGCUUGCCGACGCCAUGUACGGCCACUUGCUGCUGGCGAUCACUGAUGGUCGCGUGUCUGCCGAGAUGAGGAGCAACGGUCUCAACUUUGCCCACCGCGCCAACCAGACUCAGCAGCCACCUAGUGCAGCCUUCCAGGGCGGCCCCGCUCCUCUGGCUCGUCCCACUGCCGCAGACAUCUCCAAGGCUGGUGCCGGUGUCCCUCCCAAGCCGGUAGCCGCAACCGCUUCCGUCAACACUGCUCCCAAGCCCGUCCCCGCGAAGCCAAUUGGUGCCCCCGUCAAGCCUAUUCCACAGGCCGGCAAGCUUGUUCCUCAGCAGCAGCAGCAGCAGCUCCCCCUGCGUGGUGCUCGCGGCGCGUCUAGCAACUUUGCUGGCCCUCCUACCGCCAUUCCCGCGGUCAGCAAGUUUGACGGCAAAAAGGACCGCAUCACGUCCCCAGGACCCACCAAGUCCAAGCAGGGAACGCCGGUUACCACCAGCGCCGCUCUGCCCAAGGAGUCAAAGAGGGGCGACAAGACGAACGGCGACGGUGACGAGUCUGAGGGACCCAAGCCUGCCCCCACUCCGAAGCGCUUCUCCCUGUACGUCAAGGGCUUGCCAAUUCCCACUACCGAGCCCGAGGUGAGGGCAGUCUUUGGCUCCGAGGCCGACAAGAUUACCGGCGUCAAGCUUGUGUACGACCAGAAGCAGACUCAAAAGAACUUUUGCUAUGUCGACUUUGCCAACGAGACCGACAUGCACGACGUUCUCAAGCUUCACACCUCGGGCACCAUCCGCGAUGCCACCAUUGUCAUUGAGCUUUCCAACCCUCCUAUCCGCAACGUGAGCACCACUGGUGAGCGCGGUGGCCGCGGCUCGCGGGCUGGUCGCCGUCUUGCCCGUGGCGGCAGUACGUCGUCCAAGGAAGCGUUCAGGUCCGAGCCACAGUCCGAAUCCAAGUCUGAGACGCCAAAGCCCGACGCUCAGACCAAGAAGACAGAAAAGUAG